CCCGAGAUGACCACCGCGAGCGAUUUUAUUGAUGAAAUUAUGGUUCUUGUUGUUCGACUUUUUUUGUCUUUGUUGUUGCGACAAGUUUUUUUCAUGGCGCCCUACACGUAGACCACAGGCGGUGCACGAGCGUCUUUGAUGGAAACCGAGGUGCCUCGUCUGUUUCUUCGAUUUUGUUGACAACUUGCUUCGUCCGGUAUGGCUGAUGACUGAUAAGAAGCCGGAAUAAAGAGCGUAAAAACGGUACGCUCCCCUCUGCCUGCUGCUUCACAUUUUUGUUACUAACGGUGCAUUCGAGUUCGUCAAGUCACGAGCGGAAUAUAGCUCAGACUGGAGCAGGUGAAUGGACUCAGCGCCAGGGCGAGUCAGAUACUGAGUCAUCUCUGCCGGCUGCUGAUUUAUACCCGCAUUUGCAGUGUAGUUCAUCUUCCGCUGGAGCUUGCUCGCAUACGCAAUCGGACUCCGCGACGAAGCUUUCCACUCUCCACAUUCACUCUCGUGUAGCGAAAAGAACCAUCCCGAGGUCGAUUCUUGUUCUGAUCCGGAAGUGCUGCCAACUUCGUGAUUUCCUCCAUCACGAGCAACAAUUACCGGAACAACCACAAAACUAAGAGAAGUAUAAUGGGCACUUCUGUCGACGGUGCACAGCCACGACCCAGACGAGGAUCAGAAAUGACAGAUUUCGGUGAUACGUCGCCGACACGGCGUAUUUCAGCGUCAGUCAAACCUGGCGGGUCUGGCAGACCACUGCAGAUCUGCGAGAUCGAUUUUGAAGACAAUUGCGUAAAAUGCUGCCACGAAAAUCUCGAAGUCAUCGCAGAGAAUCUGAAAAUUCUCAGUACUCUCAAAUUUACAAGAACUUCUUUUUGAUGUGUUCUUAGAGGUGAACAUAUUUUCAUUACAUCAUCAUCAUCAUCAUCAUCAUCGUCAUCAUCUAGUAUUGUCGGACUUAUUAGGAGAAAGUUUGUCUCGCAUUAAACUUGAAAUAACCGAGUCAGAGGUACUUUCUCAGUUUGAUGGCUAACUUCUUUCAAAACCAAGCAGACGAAACGGUGCAGCAACGGCAAGCGCUUGCCGCAAGUAAAGCAGCUCCUGGCACCACCGCGUCUCCACCCGUCGAGUUAAAGGUCGCUGUUGUCGCUGUUAUGGGCAUGUAUAGGACCGGAAAAUCUUUCCUGCUGUUAAGUCUUGACCUUUCAUUUUCAACAUUGAGUUCAUCUUUUUUUAGUUCUAACUACGACAUAACUAAGGAUGAUUUCCUUUACCUCCAAGGGGUGCAUGGAAGGAAAUAAACAUGGCAUGUUUACUAGUACUAGCCAAAAAUUGUGGUGACCUAGACCUAGACCUCCUACAGCAGGGGCCAGGGGAUUCUGAAAAGAUGAAGAUGAACUCUUUCAUAGAAGAAAAUGAAUGCGAACACUCAUCAAAUUUCUAAUUUGAGAUCUGCUCUUGCGAUACCUUCGGAAUCAGGAUAAAGGGCCGCUUACUAGGUUCGACCCGAAAAAAUCAUGGCGAAUGGCGGAGCAGACCUACGAAAACGAAUCUUAUUGCUGGUUGGGAUCCGAGAGUAGGAUAAGUGAAGGAGCACAAGGAGAUAACGAGCGCGGCUUUCAAUGGCGGAGUGGCGUCGAAAAGUGCACGAAAGGUAUGUGUGGCCAUUUCGUAGCCUAUCUAUGUUGUCUGCUACGAGGCCAUGUACAAGGUAGUACAACUAAAAAGGAGAAGAACGUCGUUUACUUCUAGCGUUGUAGCUUUCGCCAGCUUUCUACGGAACAUGAAGUAGUGCCUGCACUGAGACAACAUCAAGAAGAUGUACUUAUUCACAUCAAGAACCUACCCAGCAUAAUCAAGGUAUCUGGCUCUGGUCGCAUCCCUUCCUUGUGACGGAGGAUGACGAUCCUCUUGCGGUUUUAGUGAUGGACACGCAGGGCGCGUGGGACAGCCAGAUGAGCUCGGAGCAAAGUAGCUGCAUUUUUGGAAUUACCAUUAAGGCUUACCAUCCUAAUCCAUCUCCGAGUCCGGAAGCUAGAAGCAUCCUGGAGCUGUCCCAUAAGGUGAAAACGGGUCCAAGAUGAGACAUGGGAUGGAUUGGGGUGGGCGCUAAUACUAGCAUGCUCAGCUCCAAGUUGAUCUACAACCUGCAGAAUCGUAUAAGCGAAGAAAAGAUCGACAAUCUAGACUACUUCACGACAUAUGCAGGAAUUGUCAUACAGGAAGCGAGAGAAAAAGUUAAGAUGCUGACAACUCCGAUGUUUACCUAGUAGGGUGUACAACAACUACUUACAUUCAUGAUCUACCACGACGAGUUUCAUGUCAGCAUAAACGUCAUCCUGGCUUUCUUGGAUUUAACAGUCAAAAGAGCCUGACCUCCCCGCGUGAUGCAGAAGCUCCUCGUGUAGAAUACGACGGGCACAUCAUGAUCAUAAUAGGCUACUUAUGAUUGAUGCGUCCUUGUACUUAUCUAAGAAUCCCCAGUCAACAAAAGUCGCAAGAGAACAACGAGGAAACUUGUCAGAUGAUGACGAGGAAGAGGAGGCCGGUAUGGGCGACAUCCAUUUUCUAGUGCGAGACUGGGAGUACUUUGAAGAUGGUUGGAGUCUAGACCAAUGUACGAAACAAGUAAGCGACCACUUGAUGACGCAUCUUGACCCCAAUAGAGUCGCGGUCGAAGAAAGACGGGAAACUAUUACCAGAUUGCACAAUCUAUUCCGAAGUACUUUGAUUUUUCUCCUAUAUCAUUUUGGCGCAGGGUAAAAGACUGUGGGAUUAGCAGCAGGGCGUUGCCUGUGGCCGGCGCCCGUGGGGCUUUUGUGGUUGAAUAGGCAGGACACGGCGCCGCGGGGUCCUCCAUCGCUGAGGCGCUCCGCCGGACGCGAAUGAGCCACAUCCCGUUGUGCCCCAACAUUCGCCAGCCCCAGCGCCCAGUCGCAAAAAAAAAACAGCUUCGCGACGGAAGCGCCCGCGCGGUGCGGCGUCUGCCGGCGCUCGUCGUUCCCGCUUUUUGCUUCGCUUUGCCUCCCUUCUGCUUCUGUGGUUCUGCCUGGCUGCGAAUAGCCGCAAGGCGGUUCCUGGGUCGGUGGUCCAUCGUGGUUCGCUUGCUCUUUUCUUGUCUGUGCAGUCCACGGCAGCGGCACCCGGCCCAGUGAUCAUAUUCAUAAGGCCACCCAUCGCAAUCGCUUUGCUACUUGGUAUCGCGCGGGCCCGGAAGGACUGACCGCAGAGCCAAGCCAUGGAAGCAGACAGUUCGCGCGCGUUUUUGUUGCGAUUUCUGUCGCCUUUUGUCCUCUGUCUUUUAGCCCGCUGAACCCUUGUGGGAGCAAGGUGGGCUGCGCAGAUGCCGUGCAGUCUUUGAAAGCGUUGUGACGCUAUCGCACCCGUCGCCUCUUUUGCGCCUGCGGCAAGUCUUGCCGGCCUUUGGUGGCAAAGCGCUGCGGGCAAGCGCCGGCCCCAGCCUUGCUUGACAUCGUCGGGUUGGUCGGGCGUGCGCCGCGUGGUCGAGGGGAAAGGCCGCGCUUUGUCAUAUUUUCUCCUUGUGCUAGCGUCGCUAUCGAUCGCUGGAAGCGUUAUCUCUUUCGGGCUUGGGCGUGCGGUUAGGCUGGGAGGGUCGGCGGCUAGCAAGCCUUGCUCCAUCUCUUUGCCUUGCGCUUGGUCUGUUAGUUGGUGGAGCGUGCUAGCUUACAGGCCCGCAUUCUCCACCUCUUGAAAGUUGCGUAACAAACUGAAGAAGAAGAUAGCGAAUAUAAUAUACUAUGCACCCCCCUUGCUCAUUUAUAUAUAUUAUUUUGUCUGUUAUUCUUAUUUCUUUCUUAUUUUCAUCAUCCAGGUGUAAAUCUGUGCUGUCUGCCUCAUCCUGGUCCACGGAUCCCGAAGUCAAAUUGGAAAGGGACCAUUUCUGACAUUGACUCCGAUUUCUUGUAUCUUUUGACGCAUUUUUUUGCAAACCUGAGUCAUGGCGAGUACCCAUUGAAAGUAGCCGCACCGCUGGGGCAAUUAAGGCUAAGUGAAUUCGUCGUAGAUGAAUCAAACCGAAUCACAAGCAGAGUACUCUAUAGUGAAUUCGUCGUAUAUGAAUCAAGCCGAAUCACAAGCACAGUACUCUAUAGAUAAUUCGUCGUAGAUGAAUCAAACCGAAUCACAAGCACACUACUCUAUACAUUUAGAUACCUUUGUUUUUGAUUGUAGUUUCCGGAAAAGCAAAAACGAAACACCAGGAGACAUAAGGCUAAUGCUGUCCUCAUAAAGUAGAAAGACAUGACUUUCAUGCCCUCUCUAAAAGAAGAACUCACAGCCUCAAGCUUUACGCGGGUGGUCGAAACUCUAGUGUCCGCAUUUCACAACGCAAGACCGGAUGCUACCAGUUUGAGGAAAGCGUUCGUUACUUGCGAGGUAUUCAAAUUGAUGACUUAGACUUUUUGUGUCAUAGAGGUUAGUACUAGAUAGCUCAGAGAGCGACUUAUAUACUUGUUCGUCUGAUUCUACUCUGCGUGAUACAAGGAAGUAGUUUAUUCUUCACUCUCAACAUGUUGAUCGCGUUCGCGGAGAUAUCUUCAUUAUUUUUGAACAACAACAUGAUCUUUGAGUAAAAGCCCUAUGAUUGUUGAACACUCAUUUCCAAUUCCUCUAACACUGUGGUAAAAAACUACUGCAGACCCAUCGCGCGAAGGAGGACGCUCUCGCUGCAUUCAAUGCAGCAAUUGGAAGCACAGGAAAAACUGAGAUACAAGAUCCCGAAACCAUGGAAGCUCUGCUAGCACAGCAACGAAGCCGGCAAUUGUCAGCUUUCAAGAUCCGAAUUCGCAGUCUUUUCACUGGUUCUAGUAAAGAAGAAGAUGCGUGGCGAGAAGAAUUGAUGGCAGAAGUAUCCCACGUGCUAGAAGAAAAGAGCAAAUGGAUCGCAGACAGAAAUAGAACAGCAUACACGCAAGCAACGUACUUCUACCUCUACAAGUAAUCACAAGUUUAGCAUAUCAAACGGUGCACGUGAGUCAGAUACCGAACCUCUUUCCACAACUUGUUAGAAUCAAUGACCGUAUGUUUAUUUUAUUCUGAAUUAGAAUUACUUAUCAUGUUCAUCUUGAAGUGAGUCGUCAAGCAACGUCAGUCUUUCUACUUCCGCUACCCCUGCUGUUUACUCUUUCAGAUGGAAGCUCGUCGCUACUCCUACGCUUGUGUUGCCAAUCACCUUGAGUGUUUUAAGCUUGCCCCAUUUGCUCCUGUAUGGAGCUGUGGGUGUAGGCGGCGCCGCCCACUUGAACGCGAGGGCUGGUCACGAGGGCGUCAGGGGAUGGUUCGCACCAGACGUGCUUGAGCGGGUUUUUGUUAUGGUUGUCUGGAUAUGAUCUCGAUCUCCCAAGUCGCUUUUCCUGAAUGGUUCCGGUAUUUGGUAACCUGAACAAUUUGACUACAAGGAUUCUCUUCUUGUUUUCCCCCCUUGUGAUCAUGAAAAUGAGGCUUUUGAAUACCACAGCAGUGUAGGUUCAUACAACAACAACUGCACACAGAUACAGUUGGCAGUCCUGUUUUGUUUUGUUGGUAGCAAUACCUUCUUGUAUAUAAAAAUGCUUCAUACAAGAACAACUGCAUAGAAUCCUCUGUCGCGACGUUGCAGCACUCUUAGUCCUCGAACCCUUCUAAUCCCCAAGACUGCAAGAACUUUGCGGAGCAGCGCUGGACAGACGUAGUGCAGAUGAUGUAUGUUGCGCGAAGAUGCGACAAACUUCCGAGUCAAAUUUCGGAUUCGCUCACUGGUGGAUCGGCGCAGGCGGUUGCUGCUGGUGUAGCAGCUCAGGGUGCAGCAGCAGCUGCUGCUGUGCAAACAGCGGCUGCGAAACACCAGAGUUAACUGUUUGUAGGGGACUGGUGGGCGAUACCGAUAUCUACGUCCUCUCUUUCUUUGAAUAAUUACUUAUUUUGAUGUCAUGUUUCGUGUUUAUUUGUAGUUGGUUCAUCCUUUUUUUUAUUACUUUUUGCUGUUGCAGUGAGGCUACCGUCAUAAGUAAGUUGUACACCGUCUGAUCUCAACAAGACUCCAGAUGGACGUUCAUCCCAACUAAGUAUACUGAAUACUAACUUCUUGAUAUGUUUGUCUGAACACCAACGUUCUUGAUAUUUUCAGACAUGAUCUCACGCAUGUAAUAAGUGCGUCUGGGAGGGAUCAACAUCUUCCUUGUCACGACUGAAGGAUCAUGUUCUUGAGUAAACAGGCCUAUCAGAAAUAAGCAGUGGACGGACAGCACUACGAUUUCAGUUUUCUUCUUGCUCGAUAAUUGAUAUGUUGCUAUGUUUCAUGGUAGAUAGAGGAUGUAGUGGACGAUGACCUCGUUAAUAUUAGCCUCUCCUUCUGGGGCCAGUUGGAGCUUCGAAUUUCAACUAUUAACCAUAAAUAGCUAGUUAACUAGCUAGUGAAGUAUGUAUUUUAAAACAGAUAUUUGAGAAUGAUAAGGAAUUUUCGUUCGUUCUAUAUAAUUAAUAGCAUCUCCAUCUGAGGCCAGCCCUUUUUUUCAUAUUUGAAAGCUUCUGAGGCCAUCUGGAUGAUGGUUUGCAUCGCUUUUCAAAUAGUUUGGACGUUGUUUGUUUCCUGUAGUUUGUUUUUGUCCUCGUCCUGUCACGCUCAUGAUCAGAAGUGGAUAACAAGCAAGGGUCAUCUAAGUCUAUGCAUAUCAUGUGCGUGCUCGUCUGUGAGACUACUGUAGCACGAGUUAUCUGCGCGACCGAAAUAAACGCGAUGACAGAUGCAGAUCCUGAAAAAUCUGUUGAAAAAGCAUGUCCACGUCCUCAUGCGACUCCUUCAUUGUUGAUGUCCUUUGUCAUCGGUUUUGAGGGUUGUAGAUGAAGUAGAUGUGCCGAGCAAAGGGUGCACGACUUUAUUUAGAG